AUGACAGACACAGCUACGGCAAACGGCACCCCAAAUGGAGCACAUGACCAGACUUACGAUACCGCCCAUAUCCUGGAGGCCCUACAGGUCAUUCACAACCCCGCCACCAAGAACGAGGUCAGGACCCAAGCUUCAGCGUACCUGGAAAAUCUAAAGUUGAGCCGGGAAGCGCUUCAGUACGGUUGCGCCCUCGCAGAAGACAGAGGGCAACCGGUUCUGGUACGACAUUUCGGCCUUUCCCUGCUGAGCCAUGUUAUCCGUCAUGAGCAUCACCAUCUCUCCAAAGAGCAAACUCAUCAGCUUGAGAAAUGUGUUCAUGAGCUUGCCCAUUCGAUUCAGGACACAGAUCUUGUCUUCAUUCGCAACAAAAUCGCCGAGCUAUGGAUCGAAUUGGCAAAGCGGUUCUGGGCCCUAGAUAUGUUCGACUUGGACAGGCGACUGGUGCACUUGUGGGACCUGGACCUUGUCCGCAAGGACUUCGUCCUCACCAUACUGGAAAAUUUGUCCGAAGACAUCUUUGUUCGCGACGAUAGCAUUGCCAUCUUACGAGGGCGAGACCUGAAUUCGGCGCUUGUCGAGAUCUUCACAUCGAGCUCCAACUUUGCAGGAGGCAUCAAGAUCGGCGACAUCACCCACUACAUGCGUUACGGAGAGGAGGGUUGGCUCACUAGAAUCAGGACAUUCCUGGAGAGAGCAAUCCAAAGCCCUAACAUAGAAGGACAACUCAAGGAAGUCGUCCUUAAGGCUCUUGCGACUAUACGCUCGGUCUUCACUUGGGUAAUGACACCAGCUAUUGUACACUCGAUGGCUUUGGCAGUGACUUGUGGGUUCCUCACCCGCGCGGACCCGGACCUCAUCAUGGCUGCCAUCGACAGUCUUCUGUCGUUGUACGGAAGAGUGCGAUUAGAAGAGCUCGAAGUGCAAGCCCUCGUGCAUCCUAUAAUUCAGCCGGACAGCAUCGCGACACUAAGGCAACUAUACAGCUGGUCUGUUGUUUCGGUGAAUGAAAUGGACAGCAGCAAGUAUGCCAUUUCGAAGAAGCUCUCUGAGUUGAUGUCCCUCUUCGCGGAUCACAUGUGCCAAUAUAAACCUCCAGACUUCGGCACUCUCGACUUUUUUCCCUUUUUGCGGUUGUUGACCAUGGUUGCAGAACAUGAAAGCCUGAUCGUCUCUAUCCCAGUCGUUCACUCUUGGGUCAAGAUGCUGGAGGUGCCGAGCUGGCGGACAUCUUCUGCCGUCUCCCAAUGUAUCGGGCCGCUCCUGGAGGUGGCGUCACAACGACUCAUGCAAUACGAUCAGAUUCCCGAGGACGCCCAGGAACCCGUCGUGAUUUUUGUGAAUGAAGAGAUCGAACUCUUUCCGGAGCGGCAGGGUUUCUACAUGAACUAUCGCAGACUCUGCUCGGCUGUCAUUGAAUGGAUCUGUUUCGCACAACUGGAAGAGGCGAUUUUUGCGGUCAUGGGCCGAGUCGAUUCUCUCUUGAAUGAGAUCGAAGCAGCUGAACAGCAAUUCGAUCCCACGAGGUACGAACGUGUCUCAAUGCAUUUACUACGCGCCGAUGGCUACUUUGCCUUGGUUGAUGCAGCUUUCAAAGGGUUCGAUCGAUGGCAGGUGGCGCAUCGAGAAAGUUCAAGUCCGGAAGAAGAACAGCUCGGACGAAGAAUUCGGGAAGAAAUAAAAACUUGGACGUGGCAAAUGAUGAGCGCCAGACAAUUUAAAGACCCGCAAAUCAGACAACGCCAGAUCAAGACGGUAGUCGAAGUUUCCAAUCGAGCCUUAAAGAAGGACACCGGCUUCGCCUUUAGAGUUCUGGAGCACAUAUUGUCAUCGUUCAUCAUAAUUGGGCAACAAGGCUCUGCUUAUGCGGAUGCUGUCGAGGACCUUCACAGCUAUGCAACCAGCGAGUUGAGACGCUUGUCGCUGCAACAUGCCGACUAUUUUGUCACCUUCUACGACCAGCUGCAGGUGAAAUUCGCAGAUCUGAUAGAUCAAAUCGGUGCCAGUGAGCGGCUGCAGGUUGAUUUGAAAUCUACGCUCUUCUCUGUCGUCCAACACGCAACAGGAGUCGGCUACGCCCAACGUCAGGCUAGGCUCGAAGAAUUUCUUCGACCGAUUGCUGCAGCCUGGGCGGAUCAACGCUUUCAAACGGCUCUGGGCAGCCUUGAGUCAUUUGCUCAUUUUCAAGCAUUCGAUCAGAUCGGACCCUACCUGGCAUCCUUGGAUGCGGGAAAGAUUGAGGAUUGGUCUGCAGUACCCUACGACAAUCGUGGGCUGCAAAUCCAGGACGAAAUGUCGUCCGCUUAUGCGAAAUUGCCCCUCCGAGCAACACGGAUUUUUCUGAGCAUAUCGACCGAGAGACUCGAGCAGGGUUCUCAGCUCCAGAAAAUGAUUUGCGACAUGUGGUCACCUAUGGUCCCGACGAUGCUGGAGUACGUCCUCCGGCUUACGAGCUAUAACCAUCAGUUGCACGAUCCAUCAUCAUGGCCCAAUGUUCCCCCUGAGUUGGAGGGCGUCAUCCGACGAGUUCUCCGAGACCGAUACUGGCAGUCAGGGAUAUCGGCAGGUUCAAUGGGCGACUUUCACAGCAGGGUCAAAGCCUCCAGGUCAACGCUCGAGGGAUUUGCCUCAUCAGUGCGCGGCAAAAUACGGGGACACCUUGAACAGUGCUACAGCAUCCUCCAUACACUGGGCAGGCUGGGCCCGACUUUCUACAGCUUGCAGCAACUCCCUGAGUUGAUCGCACAAGCUGCUAUUGAUACUACAGCUCCCCUGAGUCUGCACCAUUUCUCUGUCAUGCUUCAGAUGUUGCCGAAGCUGAUCGACGAAUGUCCACCGGAGAGUCGGCUGCAUUUCUUGACCCCGAUCAUACUGUCAGUCCUCGUGCAGAUGGACAGCAAACUCUCAAGCGAAUGGGAGAAGAUGAACCAGCGAAAACAGAACAAGCAUGACGAGGAGAAUCUCGGCGACGAAAUGAGAGACGACUCGGUGCUGAGGCAAACUACUUAUAGAGCGAUCAAUCUGGUUGCGCACUGGUUACAACCAAGGCGCGAGCAGGAACUGAGCACCAAAAAGUCGAUUGUCAAUGGCAAAUACUUGACGGACAGCACUCAACAAACGAUGCGGGAAUUUUUGCUUUCAAAUGUGCUCAUCCUCGAGAAGCUGCUUGUCCUCAUCACCCAUUCGCUGGCAUUCAAGGAUACGAAAUCGUCCUACCAGAUGCUUAUGACUGCCCACCGCCUUGUUCCAGAGUUUGCAUCCGACCGCUUUAUUAGUGGCCAGGAAGCUGCCGCUGUGCGCGAGUACAUCUCGACGGAGAUGCUCAAGACGGCGAUUACAUGCUUGAACGAUGGCUACUUUGCCGACCAGCAAGUAUACUAUUCCCAACUGAUAGCCACAAUCUGGCUUUCGUACGGUUUACCGAACCACAUCCCCGCGACAGAGACUGUGCCCGCCCACGAGCGCCCGCCGUUGACCUCGACUCCCCGAGACGUGAUCCUCAGCUUACCAGGUAUGACGGAGGCAAAGGUUGCCCAUGCUUCCACACUGCUUCUCAAGGAAGCUUCGAUGGGCAACCGGUCAAAGAGGCUCCGAGCCAUCAUAUUAGCACUACUCGAAGGCGUGAGAGGUGUCCGAGUCAGUGAACUCGGCAAAAUCGACACGAGGCAGCAGCACUCGAAGAUACUGGAGAAGUACAAGCAAAGAGAGAUGUUGAGCAUGCAGGAUGUUGAAGAAGCGGGGCAGUCGAGAAUUAGGUCCGGUGCUGGGGACGACGGAGCUGAUUUGGCCGGAGUGGCCGAUAUGUUCGCUGGCUAG